GUGCCCAUGUUCGCGGGGGGGGCCCUGGGGAUCAAGAAGGAAAAGAAGUCCAAGAAAAACCGCAAGAUAUCGAACGAGAGCAAGCGGAAGGGUGAGAAGCGAAAGAGUACCCGUCACAAAAGCAAAGAUGCGUUGGCCAGCGCAGUUGACAGCAUUGAGCCUGAAGUCCCGUGGCUCAGGGCCGCCGACUCUGUCCCAAAGACGCUUGCGAAGUCGAAGGCAAAGGUAACUGCAGCUCCGACGUUAGUGGUGAAGCCAGUCGCUAAACCAAAGGGAAAGGCAAAUCCCAAGGCGAAGCCGAAGGCCGUCGACACCAUCGCCCCCGACCCCGCCCCAGAGGAGCCCCCCCUCGAGGAGCCCACGUUCGAGGAGGAAAAGGACGAAGAGGGCGAGCGCGGCGAGUCCGAGGCUGAGCACGUUCCAGGCGUAGUGCUGGAGAUGGAGGGCGAAGCCGAGGAGCCUGCUGAAGCCGCGGUUGAGGCCGGAACCGAGGAGCAGGUAAAAGCACCCGACGGCGCCGCCGAGGCUGAUAAGGACGAUGGGCCGCUGGUCGCCAUCGCAGAGUUCAAGACCGAGAAGGGCCGGUGCAAGUUCAGCAAUGGCGAGGAGGUCAUCAUCUACAAGGUUGCGAGGCGCGUCACGGAGCUCAUCAGCUGCAUCUACAAGCGCAACGCGCACCUCGACCAAAUGGGCGUCGAGUCGGCGACUGAGCUGAGCGACUGCGUCGUCAAGCUGACGCGCGUGAAGUGCCUCGAGAACGCGAUCUGGGAGAACAGCGCCGCCGCCGCGAUCAGGGGCCAGGCGAGGGCCGAGCUGGGCCUGAACUAA